GAGGAGGAGGAGCAGGAGGAGCAGGAGGAGCAGCAGAAGGAGUCUGUGUUUCUGCCCCAGUGCUCGCGCACGCUGCCCCGCUCCCUCUUCCUCCUUCUUUAUUUGGAGUCUUGUACGUGUUUAUUUGCUAUGCGCGUGAGGCAGAGGGACACCGGAGCUCCUCCAGUCUCCUCCAGGUCUCAGCACGGGGUUCUGCUCGGAUUCUCGCGUCCUGUUCCGUUCUUUUGAUUAGAUUUUUUUUGUUCUCUUGUUCGUCGCGAGCGUUCGAGUGGGAACACAAUGCUGCUGCUUCUGGUUCUUCUGACCCUGAGCUUCAUACCUGGACACCAAACCUCUCCGUCCUACAGAUAUGACGACGACGUGGACGACGUGGACGACGACGAUCUGGCCGCCUUCGAUUACUACCACGCCGCGGAUGAGCUCGAGGACCGGAACGCGAGCGCGAGCGCGUGCGAGCAGCGGCAGCCGUGCGCCCCGGAGCAGUGUCCGCCGACGCCGGGCUGCAGAGCGGGGCUCGUGCGCGACUCGUGCGCCUGCUGCCUCGAGUGCGGAAACCUGGAGGGGCAGCAGUGCGACCCCGGAGACAGGAACGUCUACUACGGGCUGUGCGGAGACGGACUGGAGUGUCGGAGCGACGGAGAGACGCAGGAGCCGCAGUGUGUGUGCGCCUCGCGCGAGCCGGUGUGCGGAUCCGACGGACAGACCUACACCAACCUCUGCAAGUUCAGAGAAGCUCAGUUCUCCAACCAGGGACUGAACUCGAGCGAGGGACCCUGCAGGACCAUCCCCAUCAUCAAAGUCCCUCCACGUAACUUGGUGAACAUGACGGGCAGCAGUGCGGUGUUUCUAUGCGAGGUCUUUGCCUUCCCUAUGGCGCUGGUGGAAUGGAGAAAAGAGGGAAAGGAGGUUGUUUUGCCUGGAGAUGAUCCUCAUAUAUCUGUGCAGUCCAGAGGAGGUCCUCAGAAAUACGAGCUCUCUAGCUGGCUGCAGAUUGAGGAGGCGACUCGGGAAGAUUCAGGAACCUACAGAUGCAUCGCCAAGAAUGACCUGGGCAACAUCUCAGCCACUGCAGUGCUGGGAAUUCUACCUCCAGAUGAGAUGUCCGCCUAUUUAGAAGAAACAAUGAAAGAAUUGAUGGGAUACGAUCCAAUCAGAGACUACGAUGGAGACUAUUAUUGAACCACAUUAGAACUGAAAUGUUUUCUAGACAAAAAAUGGACAAACUCAAUUUGAAGACUAAAACCUCCUGUGUCCAUGAGAGACUUGAUCUGGACCCAAAUACAAACAACAUGAAGAGAACAUGAAGAGAACAUGAAGAGAACAUGAAGAGAACAUGAAGAGAACAUGAGGAGAACAUGAAGAGAACACAGAGAAAACUUGAUGCAACAUGAACAUAUAAUACACUCAAACAGCACCCUGUUGGAGAAAAAGCAUCCCAGAUGAAGGUUUAAGUAGAAGAUGAAGGAGGAUAUUUUUUGUAUUUUUCCCCUGUGAUGUCGACCGUAAAGUAGAUCUGCUUCUGGAAAACAGGGAACUUGGAGCACAUUCCAGAAGCUCAAACUCAAACUCUUUGCUGAAUCUCGGAUUUCAUGUGUCUGAAAUCUAAGUCGUAAUAUAUCCCUUUUUUGAGUUUAUACAUUUUUCCAUAUGUGGCAUCUCUCCGUCUGUGAGUUCUAGAUCGUUUCCCAAAGGGAGGAGCUUCGUCCACAGCUCCACAGCUGGUUUUCUUUAAGUGCUUCUGUCUUGAAGCUUGAGCACAGACAUUUCCUUUUUUUUAUCUGUUAUACAGUUCAAUCACUCAUCCGGUUUAACUGCACUCGUUAGCGAGAUCAUUUCAUCUUGUAAUAUUUCCUGUCUUCAACUGAGUGAGGUCUUCAAGUGAGAUCUUUUAUACUGUGUUCCGAUCAGACUAGAUAUCGACCUAUUUAUUAUAAUGUAUGUUAUUCGAUAUAUUGCAUAGUUUUGAUGUACUUGUGUAUAUUAAUAUCCAGAGGACAUUUCAACACAGUGGAACCUUUUAUAUUCACGUCCACAUAAAUACACAGUACAGAAUUAUUAUUUACAACUACUUUAUACCUUUAUAUUGUUUUAUUGAUAAUAAAAUACUUUGUUUUGGUGAUCAGACCAUAAAACAGGUCAAAUAAUUAGGAGUUUUGUUGUAUAUUUUUAUGUCUAGUUCUCGCUCCGAUUGUACAGUUCCUUUUCUCUGUGAUUCUGAUUAGAGCAUAGUGUUGAUUUGUCUCCUGGGAAUCAGUUCAUUACUUUCCAGUCUGGUUUCGGGUCACUCGGAAAACAGGAGAAAUAAUUGUGGAAUUGGAAAAAAACCUGGAAGCAGGAGCAGGGGGCUUCCCUACUUUCCUCAAAACAUUCAUUACUGUCCUGCAUGGAAAAGACAUUACUGGCACAGAGAGGAGUUUAGUUCACCUCCACAUACAUACAUGAAUGAAUGAAUUGUUUUAUUGGAAACAGCUCAAAAUUAUACAAUGUGUAAAAAAGGAAUGUAAAGUCAGUCCCCGUUUUCUGCUUGCAGUGAACAUUCCACAGAAUCACAAGUAACUAAAGUAUUUGUGUGGAGCUCAUGUUGCCACAUGGUAGCCAUUGGGAAUUACCUCCAGACUCUACUUGGGAAAAGAUUCUGUCUGAAUAAAGGUAACCAUUUCCAGA